CGGGAGGGGUGGGGGGCCAGUUCUGCAGGGUGUGCGGCAUGGCUUGAAGGAGCCGCGCUGCGGCCUCAGUAGCGCGGGGCGGACGGCGAGCAGGGCGCCCCACAGACCGGUCGGGGCAGCCGGGGACUGGGAGGGGGCUUGUCCUGCCCCCGGCUGCCGGCUCCUUCCCUACCACGGGAGAAACAUGGGCAAUUUCAAAGGCCAUGCCCUCCCUGGGAGCUUUUUCCUCCUCUUUGGCUUGUGGUGGUCAGUGAAGUACCCACUAAAGUACGUAUGCCGAAAGAACAAGAAUGCUUGCUACCUUGGUACCAGGGCAGGAUUUCAGCGCUUGGAAUUUAUUGAGGGGAUCAUCAAAGCAGUGUUUGCCCUGAUUGGUAUGAUUGCUGAGCAGUUUGUUCCUGAUGGACCUCAUUUGAAGUUGUAUAAUUAUGAAGAAAACCACUGGGAUCACUUGAUGAACUGGCAGCAUGCCACCAUGUAUCUAUUCUAUUGCAUCUCAGGGCUGGUUGAUAUUGUAGCUCAUGGAACAAAUGCAUUGCCAGUGGCUAUGGAUAGGAUGAUGCUUUCAUUAGCUGUUUUUGUGGAAGGUUUCCUCUUUUAUUACCACAUACAUGGAAGAGCCAUGUUGGAUCUUCAUGUUCAUCAGUUACUGUUAGUGGCUAUCUUUGGUGCAGCUAUUUGCAUAUUUCUGGAAGUCUUUUUCCGCGGUAGCAUUGUACUAGAGAUGUUCCGUACAAGUCUGUGCAUACUGCAGGGCAGCUGGUUCUGGCAGAUUGGCUUUGUACUGUAUCCUCCAAAUGGAAGCCCAGAAUGGAACCAAAUGGAUCACAAUAAUAUGAUGUUCUUGACGAUGUGCUAUUGCUGGCAUUAUGCCUUUGCUUUUCUUAUACUUGCAGUGAACUACACCAUUGUCAGCUGGAGAGUUCGUUCAAAGAUUAAGCAGGCUCAGUCUGUGGAGAUGGGAUUACUGAAAACAGCUGAGCGAGAUCAGGAAUCAGAAGAUGAAAUUUAGUAUAAAUUCUGUUUUACCAGUUUGCUGCCUUGAGUACAUUAGGUUAAUUGUUACCUCAUUCCUAGAUGUGUUUACCACCUUGUUCAUUCUUUAUACUACUCACUAUGCAAAAAGCAUCCUUUGAAUACUGUAUAGUUCUACUGGAUUGCAUUCUUGUCUGCAGAGAGUAAGUAAUUUGUGGUGUUUUUGUUAGUACCUUAUUUCUCACAUGGUUCAGUAGAAAAAUAUUUUCUUGUUAUCCAAAUUUAUAUUGGAUUGGGUGAUACUGUAAAUCAGUCAGUUCAAACUCAUUAGUUGCUGAGUGAUAUUCUGCUGCUGCUGUUGGAGAAGCUAAUAGAGUUCCAUGUAUUAAGAACCCCAAAAGGCUAUUUUGUCCCAAUUGUGCAUAAAAGAACAGUGUAGAUCCUAAAAAGAAUGGAAAAAACACAAGCACACAAACUGGUAGAAAAGUCUUACAUUUACAUUGUUGAAUAUAUCAAAGAAUGUCAUUGCUCAUUAGAUAAUUAAUUUGUUCAUUACCAUAUGUAUUCAUUCCAAUUUCUAUGAAAUGAUCAAAGUUUUAAAAAAUGACUACCUGUCAUUAUGAGAAGCUACCUAUUCCAGGGCCCUCUUCUUACCCUGGGCUUCCCAGUACAGUGACUCUACUCUCUACAGCAGGG